AGUCAUUUAACUAUUAGUCAACAAACAAACUCGUCGAAAAACUUACAGCUUUGAGGAAAAUCCCUUACUCACGGUUUUAAUUACUCAUUUAAGAAGUUAUCUACUACUAGAAGUAAGAAAGAUGUUCAAGCAGGAGCAAGAUAGUCCCAACUCGGAGUCAAAAAUUAUUGUGGCGUCAAUUUUGUCCUCCAUGGCGUCAGGUGGAGUCCCUUCUACGUCAUGUGUCACUCCAACGUCAAGCAUAAGCAACCUGUUUCAGAGUAAUAUUCUGACAGGCACAACCCCAACUCUCACCCCAACAACUCUGGCUUCAAUAGAGCAAAGUUUUGUUGAACUCCAAAGUAUUCCUCAUUCAACAGAGGCCCAAGAUUUGACAAAGCAAAGCGGUUUCGCACCCCCAAUUGUAAACAGAGAACCUAUGGUUGUCUCUCAACACAUUCAAAAUGGUAUGGAAAGCGAUGACAGCACAACCUAUAGUGAUCCAGAGUGGGCCCCUUCAUCAGCCAAACGAUUGAGAACUAACAGAUCAGGAGGUAGUAAUGCAUCGUCUAUAACUUCUUCUCCUAAUCCAAAUAUUAAUGAAGAAGACAGUACUCAAUAUCUAUUGAGCGCUCGUGGUAAAGGUCCGAGAAGACACACAGGGCCAAGACCUAAACGCUUAGAGAAGCUAACUUCCGAAGAGGAAGAAAAAAGAAAAGUUAGAAGAGAGCGUAAUAAAUUGGCAGCUGCAAAAUGUAGACAAAGGGUUGUUAAGAUGACUAACGAUCUAGUUGGCGAAACAGAACAACUGGAAGAGCAGAAUGCGACUUUAGAAAGUGAGAUUGAUAAAUUAGAGCAACAAAAAGGGCAACUAGAAUUCUUAUUGGAACUACACGAAAAUUCUGAGGCCUGUUUGAAAAACAAAAGCGUUAAAAUUGAAGCAAGUAACCGGCCAUCAUCCCUUCCACUACAAAACAACCCAGUUUCAACACAUGACGUUAUAACGCCAUCCCGUUACAUUUUAAAUACACCAAGUGGAAUAGAAACUCUAGCCGAUAUACACACCGGCCUGACACCAUGUUCAACGCAAGCUCAGAGGUCUGAUAGUUCUGGCAGUCCUGAAGUAACUGGAACAAUCUUAAACGGACAUUAG